GUCCACAAAGUACUGCACCUGCCACGAAACACGAAAAACAAAAAAAAAUUAAAAAAAAACGAAAAAAAAAACAGAAAUAUAUUCGCACCCCUUGAAAAUAAGCACUGUUUCUGAAAACCAUUGGCUGUCUUUGGCCGAGGAUGUGUGGGCAGUUGCACUACCAAUGGUGCUCCUGUCAGCACUGGCAGUGGCAUAGGUACUUCCCCGGAACUCACAGGUCCGAAGGCCCAAGUCCCUGCAAGGGAAUGCCGUGCAAACGAGCCACAGCCACCUGCAGUGACUGUGACGAAUGCGGAACUCCAAACUCACAGCACAGCAACUGACUGCUGGAUGGUCUUGGGUUGCGGCGUCUAUGACAUUUCUAACUACAAGCACAGUGGAGGGAACAUUGUGCAUUCAUGGUGUGGAAAGGAUGGCACCACAUCUUUCACUGGCAAGCACCCAUGGUCCUAUUUGCAGAUCAUGAUCGGCAUGAACGCGCAGUUGGUGGGAAAGUAUGGUGGCACUCCUGUCGGGUCAAGCGUCGGCAGACAGAAUCCUAUCUCUUUGGCAGAGAUUGCACAACACAACACGCCCUUCGAUUGUUGGUCGUGCAUUCACGGAACCGUGUAUGAACUGCAUUUCUAUUUGCCAGAUCAUGAUGCAGGAAGCGCAGUGAUUGAGCCUAUGUGCGGUGAAGAUGCCACAGCAUACUUUGCAAUGGCUCAUAGUAUGGAUGCUUUGGGCGGCUUACCUACCAAAGGUUCUUGUGAUUCCCGAGCGGAGCAAGCCUUUACUGAGCAGAACAUUUUAGAUGGUGCGGCUUUGGUCGCUUACAUCAUCUUUCCGAUGUUCUUAAACGAGGUCAUCAUGGCUGCAACUUCUCCAGCCACACAGGAUAGGCUAUUGAGACGUCCGAUGGCCAAGCCAUUCAACUCGCAGUGCUUGGGAAAUUUGCUCAACAGCUAUGUCGAGAUGCCUUUGGGUGUCUUCAUCAUGCUUGUUUGGUUCUUGGUUGUGACAGCUGUUUUGUCUGUGUUGUGGAGCAUCCACUACAACACGUACUACCUUCCAGACUUUGUUCUGGCUGGCUGGGUGGGCCGUAUGACUGUGUACAUGAUCUCCAUGGCAACAUAUUUGGGCACAAGGAGAUGGUCUUUGGCUUGGGUUUUCUACAAAAUCUCAUACGAGAAGACUUUGAAAGCUCACUAUGUUGUUGGCACAGUCGCGAGCAUAUUCAUGCUUUUGCAUGGAAUCACAUACAUGGCUUCGUUUGGCCCUGAAAAUCUUCCAGAGCAUCAGGUGAUCACAGCCUACUUGCUUCUGGGGUGCAUUUUGAUUGUUUUCCCCUUCACAAUCAACAACUUCCGAGUUCAUUGCUACUCUGUCUUCAAGCUCACACACUUCAUUGCACCUGCGAUUACGAUCAUAGCAACCUUCCAUAUACUUUCCUUGAACGUGGAUGGAGUGCUGGGUCGUGGAUUCUGGGUUGCGCUGGUGUGGAUUGCUUCGGCCUCCCUGUUCUGGAUUGGGGACUUCAUCUACAGCCGCUACGAUGUGCUUUUGAAGCCAACAGUGGUGAUUGGAACUCCUCGGCUGUUGCCAGCAGAUGGUGGGCCAGCUCACAUCUCCGUGAAGCUGCGGAAGCUGAGAAGUACUUUGUUUCCCGGAGCGUGGAUGUCUGUUGCUUGCAGAGAAGCCUUUUCACCCUUAAGUCAUCCAUUCACGGCCAUCGUCCGAAAGUGUGGUGGCCUCGAUCGAGAAUAUGCAGAAGUGGAAUUCAUUUUCAAGGUGAAUGAGGGCAGGACAUGGACACAAAGACUUUCAAAUGCUGUUGCAAAGCUUUCACCGAAAGAACCAAUGAAGUUUUACGUGACUGGACCCUAUGGUGGGGGUUUGGGAUCCCUAGAUCCCAUGAAAGUCAUUAUCUUCGUGGUUGGUGGUGUGGGCGUCACUCCUGCAGCUUCAAUAGCUCCAUACCUCAUCAAGGGUGGCAAGGAUGUCUAUGUGAUUUGGAGUUGCCGGAGUGCUUCCCUUAUUCAGCAUGUAGCAGUGGAGUACUUCAGCAACGCUUGUGGCUCGUACUUUGACCGCCUCCCCGACCAUCGAAACAUCCACUUCAGUGGGAAGGCUAGCGAUACCCAUGUGUUCCCUCCCUUCAUCAAGACAGGACGGCCAGACAUACCGGGCAUUAUGCAGAAAGCAGUCGAGAGCGCCAUGUCCCAGGACAUUUUUGACAUUGGCGUGUUUGUUUGUGGACCCAAUGCAUUGGUUGAGUCCACCUUGGUGGCGGCAGACCAAUUGAACGCGGACAAGACCAACGCCCACGUCCAUGUGCAUGCAGAAUCGUUUCAGAUGUGAGCCUACAAGUAGCCUCACAACGGACUAUGACUAUACAGUACAGCCUUUUUCACCUUUAUGCACAACGAGAAGUGAAAUACUGCUCGUUCAAGUCAGGGCAAGUAAUAGCACUGGUUUGAAAAGCUCGCCGGCAGCACAGAUGUUUUGAGCUUGCUGUGGAUGCGCAACAAAGCCACCACGGACAAAGAUCCAGGUCCACUUGUUGUUUCGC